AUGGAUCUCGCUGUGACACUGAUCAAGGCCGUCAUGCGGGCGUUCUACCCGACGCGAGACAUCCUUGUGGUGGACGCACUGAUUCUUCAUGAAGCUCUUCGCGAUGACGAUCUUGCCUAUUUAAUGGCCAUAAACACAAAGGACUUGCACAAGAUAUGCGGAAAACUCAGAGAAGACCGCUUCUUAACAGUUCACACGAGAUCCGAAUUGCGACCAGGCAAUCCGCGACCGAGUAAUCGCACAUGGUACUACAUCAACUACCGACAUACCAUCGACGCUAUCAAGUGGCGGGUUUACAACAUAGAUAAAGAAGCGGAAUGGACGGCAAUGGAAGUUUUGGACAGCGUUGGACCCGAGGGCUUCCUUUGUCACCGAUGCCGACGACCUUUGUCAUUUGAAGCAGAUCGAAAUGCCGGCGGGCACGAACAGUCUACCCGACUGAAUGACCAAUUCAAGUUCAUCAGCGAGCUGUUGCCUAAAAUCGACGCAGCCCAUAUUCCGGAAUGCGACUUUGAUCGGGCCUUGUCAAAGGCUCGGCCGGUGAUCCGCGACGCUACACACCAACGCGCAGCUACGAUACCCGUUGAUGACGCCUCGUCUCGGCCCAUGGCAGUUCGAGGCUUGGCCAAUACGGGUCCGCAGUCCAUUGCCGUCAACAUAUCCACGUCUGACGGACCGUCGGAGGCUGAGAAGGAGGCCGAGAGACUUCGCAAGGAAAAGAUUGCCCAGCAGAAUGCGCUCCCAUCCUGGAUGUCGAACAGUACUAUUACAGGAGAGUCGUUUUCUGCAACAGCUGAAGCCAAUGCUUUGGGAUUGGGUAGAGAUGCAGCGGAGCGAAAACUGUCUCAGGGCAAAUUGGUCGACAACAAUGCCACUACGCAGAUUGAUGACAUUUUCGAAAAGCUCAAAGCAGAGCAAGCUGCCAUCUUGGCGCGAGAAGCAGAUGCUGAGAGCGAAGGGGAGGACUAUGGCUCUGAAGAGGAGGAUGACGAAUUCGAAGAUGUUAUGGCCACGGGCAACAACUCUGGUCUGGGCACGCCCGGCAUCAAGGCUGAGGCAUCAGAAGUUCCAUCAGGUGACGUAUCUCGAAUGGAAGACAGCUCAGAUGAGAGGGCGAACAAGCGGGUCAAGGUUGAGCCUGGAGUUAAAAAGGAUGACAGCGGCGAUGAAGACGAAGACGACGAUGAACUCGAGUUUGAGGAUGUUUAA